ACAUUGUUGACUUAACUAUUUUUCGCUUCAAUAAAUUAGAGGAUCAAGCUGUGUUGUUAGAAAUGAAAACAGGAGCAAGAGAACGCAGAGGAGAACAAGGCCGGGCAGGAGAAAGGGUGAUCGCUCAAUAUGUGCCCUCUGCGCUCUCAGGUGAGCCUCAACCGCGACAAGAAUUUUUCCUUUCUGCGUCGGUCGGAGAGCCUCCACGACAACAAAGAUAGUGAGCCUGAUAGAGUGAAAAACUUGCGACGAAAGAACAGUGAACGCAGAAGACAACGGAGCAGCAGAGAUGAUGUACAAGAGACCGCGUCACAUCACAGCGCCGCGACAGACGAUGAUGCAUUACUGGACAGACUCUCUGCGCCUCCUUCAGGAUUUGCAGCGUCGCUUGCAGCCACCCUGUCGCCGCUGUCGUCCUUCGUGUCGUCUUAUUCGCCCAGGAUGCCCAGACGAGGGUCGCCCACCUCAACGGAUUCGCCGAAUAAAUCUUCUGACGCCGACGAUCGCGAAACUUGCGCGGCGCGAGCGGCGUCACCUGCGAAAUCGACCAGGCGUUUCAUGAAGAGUGAAACACAACUCAACAAAUCCAUUAAGCCGCAUCGAACCAAGUCUCUCACACUCAAAAUGAGCAAAACUAGCGCGCCGGAGAGCGACUGUAGCACGAAUAAUCUGCCACCGGAACCUCUUUUAAUAGACGACUACACCGCCAGACAAAAGGAACUAUCGAGGCACACCAAGACUCGUGGAAAAAUCCCGAAGAAACUUCCUCCUCUGCAGGAGAGCCAAUCUUGUCCCCAGCCUGAGCCUGACGCCUACAGCGUCUCCCAACCCCUCCCACAGCCCCAUGCCCUUCCUCCUGCUGGGGCAAAAGCUACUCACGGGAAAACCUUCUAUGAAAAAGAGCGUCCGCGAGUCGAGUCUCCAUAUGGUACGCAGCACGAGAAGACAUGUCAGAGCUGCAAGUGCACGCGGGAGCUGCACGACGUGUACCACGAAGACUGGGUCAGCGUCAAAGAGAGGCUCGGACUCGCCGACAAUGCCAGUAACCGCGAGCGCUGCCUGCAGGAGGGCUACUCGUGGGUGCCUCCUGGCCUCACCAGCGAGCAGAUCUACGACUACAUGAGCAUGCUGCCGGGCCACAAGGUGCCGCGUAUCAGCACCCCGGGCGAGAAGUACAGGGAGCGACAGCUGAUGCUGCAGCUGCCUAAGCAGGACCUGGCGCUCGCCUACACGCGCCACGUCGACCCCCUCCACCACACCUCCUACAGGGACUUCGUCAGCGCCCGCAACGACAUCUCCCUCGACAUCGGCGUCGUCAAGCACCGCAUCCCCUACGAGGCGAACUGUCGUGGGUGCAGCAUGAAGAUGCCAGAGGGCAGCGUGGUGGUCGUGGCCCCACGUCUGGGUGACUACGUGGCGUGGCACCCCGCGUGCUUCACGUGCAACACGUGCAACGAGCUGCUCGUGGAUCUCGUGUACUGCGUGUGGGAGGACGGCGUGCACUGCGGCAGACACUACGCCGAGAAGCUCAAGCCUCGCUGCGCUGCCUGUGAUGAGCUCAUUUUCAGCGGCGAGUACACGAAGGCGAUGUCGAAGGACUGGCACACCGAGCACUUCUGCUGCUGGCAGUGCGACGAGAGCUUAACGGGCCAGCGCUACGUGCUCAAGGAUGACCAUCCAUACUGCACCAAGUGCUAUGAGGCCGUCUUCGCCAACACCUGCGAUGACUGCAACCAGGUCAUCGGCAUCGACUCGAAGGAUUUGUCAUACAAGGACAAACACUGGCACGAGAAGUGCUUCUUGUGCCAGAAGUGUCAGGUGUCUCUGGUAGACAAGCAGUUCGGCAGCAAGAUGGAGAAGAUAUACUGCGGUCCUUGCUACGACUCGCAGUUCGCCACGCGCUGCGACGGCUGCGGCGAGAUCUUCAGAGCAGGUAACAAGAAGAUGGAGUACAAGGCCCGGCAGUGGCAUGAGAAGUGCUUCUGCUGCUGCGUGUGCAAGACGGCCAUCGGCACGAGGAGCUUCAUACCGCGGGAGCAGGAGAUAUACUGCACGGGCUGCUACGAGGAGAAGUUUGCUACGCGCUGCAUCAAGUGUAACAAGAUCAUCACGUCGGGCGGCGUGACGUACAAGAACGAGCCGUGGCACCGCGAGUGCUUCACGUGCACGAACUGCAGCGCUUCACUGGCGGGGCAGCGCUUCACUUCGCGCGACGACAAGCCGUACUGCGCUGAAUGCUUCGGCGACCUCUUCGCCAAGCGCUGCACUGCCUGCACCAAGCCAAUCACAGGCAUCGGCGGCACGCGCUUCAUCUCGUUCGAGGAUCGUCACUGGCACAACGACUGCUUCAUCUGCGCCAUGUGCAAAGGCUCGCUCGUGGGCAAAGGCUUCAUCACGGACGGCAGCGACAUCUUGUGCCCAGAAUGCGCCAAGCAGAAGCUUAUGUAAAGCUUUUUGUCAGCCGCAAUCUCUCUCUCCUCAUCGAGACGAUUUAUAUACUUCGAUCGUUAAACUUAGCUGGCGAAUAAUACGUCUCAGGCAACAACAUCCUAACCAACGGAGGGCUUCUGAUAGAGAUAGAUGUCGAGAUGUAACUCAGAUAUACCUAUACCAGAAAGUGCACUUCAUUUAUUCUAGACGGUUGGUUCCUUCACGAUAUCACUGCGGAAGAAAUACUGCCAGUUGCUUUGUUUUGUACUGAAACGCGCUUUUAUGAAAGCUUUUCUAAGGUAGGCGCGUCAGCUUCAUGUUUUCUAGUACGCAUUAGUUCCAUCUCACCGAAUUUGAAUGCUAGAACGGAAGAGCCUUAAACACUUUGCUCUAGGAGACGCCCCAGCUUUGAGCGUUGUAGGGGUGAACCACAUGACGUGGAGAUGUUGACCUACACGCCCAGCGCAUAUUCUCGAAUGUUGAAAGUAGUAAUGACAGCUUAUGUGUGCGUCGGUAUGCCUGUUGCCUUCUAUGUCAAUUCAUUAUUAAGCUUGGCAAAUGAAGUUGCCUUAUUAGCAUAGGUCGAAAGGGCACCCUGAUCUUCUUAGAUUUAGUUGGAGCGCCUGAAGAGUUGAACCAGUUUCUUUUUCUCGCUCACUCGCUAAUUUCUGCCAGAAAUUUCGCUCCGAUCUUCUUGCGAGCAGCGGCUUAACUUGGGUUCUGAACUAUGGCCUUCUGAAUCAUAAUGGUUAGUCUUCUUCCCAAUUUCUUAGUUGUUUUACCGAAGUAAAACCUACAUAAUUAUUAGGUUUGUAUGCCUUAGUUCUUGAAUAUAUUAAAGAAGCUCGAUGGAAGAUGCGGGAGUUUCUUAGGGCUGGAGACUUCCACUAUCUUCUAUCGUUGCCCGUGCCUGUGAAUGCACAGUUGCAGGUGCUGUGCCAGUUACUGCAGUUGCAG